UCGUGAACUUGGAUGGCUGACGGUAUUCCUGAGAAUUCGAUUGGCUAGUAACCCGUAAGCCAAGGGCAAGUCGAUCUGAUCCUUCUGACGCUACCAAACACAGCCGGAGCUAAGCGGGAAUAAACUCAAUUCGCCCACUCUUGAGGACUCCCCGCUACAUGUAACUGAAUGGCUUAUUGAUGACGUUGGUAACUCAUUGGCUUUAGGAGUCUUCCACAGUUCGAAUACCCAGAGGCACAGUUGGCGUAGAGGCCAAGGUGGAGGAUGGAUAGCAGCCGUGCGCUAGAGCAAGAUAACACUCAUGCUGAUGCUGGAACGUCGGCCCAAAAACAAACCAAGAAAAGAGUGGUUACGCCGGCUCGAAAGGAGCAAAACAGGCUUGCCCAGAGGGCUUAUAGAAGACGGCAAAAAGAGCAAAGGAGGACUGUUCAAGAGCAACCUGGUACUGCGAGCUCGCGCCCGCUGGCGCCACGACAGGAUAAUGUAGGGACUCCAGAUAUAUCUGAUUCUCUUCCAAUACGUGUUGUAAGCCAGGUAACGUCGCGUUCGGAUGGGGGCGAUCGGUCAGUGACUGGGCCGCGGCAGCCUGUAUUGAACCCGUCCCCGCCGUCUUCUAUAUCUCAGAAUGAAGCUAGCGCCGUUUCAUUGGCACCCAUAGCCGCAGCACCGCCAUUAGAAGUGCAGACUACAAGCUCCCUGAACAUGCCUUCGGGCUUACGAGGGGGUUUGGAGGAUAACUUCACGGCCGUCUUCAGAGCGUGUCUGUCAAAUGCAGCUUGCAUAGGUAUAAAUAUCCCAGAGCUAAUAGGUUGCGAGAACCCCUGCAUGUCCCCGUUCUACCGAGCGUCGGUACACAUGAACGAGGAUCCAGCAGCACUUAUCGCGGCCUCGUCACAUGGCUCUCUCCCGGAUUCCCUCAAGCCGACCCUGGCACAAAUCCUCGUGCCUCACCACGCCAGUCUAGAUCUGAUUCCUAUACCUCGGCUGCGCGAACGCGCUAUUUUAAUGUGUGCAGCUCUUCCUCACAUAUUCUCGCUCUGGGAUAUGAAACUGGACAUCUAUACUCGGAAUGCGCUGACAUGUCGAGGCCGCGACACAUCGAGGGGAACGGAAUCUCACCCCUGGGACAUGCGAAGUUGGCAGGCGGCGCCGUGGUUUCUCAGCAAGUGGAAGAUGAUUAUUGAUAGUGAUGAUGUGGUCACGGAUCUCUCGAUGCCUGGUAUCCCCGGUCUGUGGAUGUAGAGCUUCGUUCCGCAUACCUUGUGGCUCAGACUACCAGACGGCCCCAGCGAAGGAUUCCUGGUAACAUUAAGCAACGUGAUAAAAGAAGAACGAUACCUAUCGCCUCAUAAACGAAUUGUCCAAGGUACAACGCACCCACGAUGAAGCGCGCCAGUUAUUGAAGCCGUAUUAUUGAUUCUUUGCAUGUCGUUUUCCUCGAGUACUUCCUAUCAUAGCCAGCUUUUGUGCUUAUAGCCAUAUCAACCCUCGCCCCGGCAUAUAAGCCUCAUGCGCGCACCAUGUCAAUUCAUCGGUGUCGGAGGGGCACCAACGGCACCAGAGACAGCGUCAC